AUGCCCGUCGUCAGUGUCGACGAUCUGGUCCGUCUUCAGCGGAAACCAGAAGAUAUCCGGAAUAUUUGUAUUCUUGCACAUGUCGAUCACGGCAAAACAUCCCUAACAGACAGCCUUAUCGCCACAAAUGGAAUCAUCUCACCAAAACUCGCGGGUAAGAUCCGCUACCUGGACUCUCGUCCAGAUGAACAACUCCGUGGUAUCACAAUGGAGUCCUCUGCCAUUUCUCUAUUCUUCUCCAUGCUCCGUCGCCCCAACCCGGAGGCUGCCCCGGAACCCAAGGAGUAUCUGGUCAACCUGAUCGAUUCACCAGGACACAUCGAUUUCAGCAGCGAAGUCUCUACUGCAUCGCGUCUUUGUGACGGUGCGAUUGUUCUCGUUGAUGCUGUUGAGGGUGUUUGCAGUCAGACCGUCACGGUGCUGCGCCAAUCAUGGGUCGAGCAGCUGAAGCCAAUUCUGGUGAUUAACAAGAUGGAUAGAUUGAUUAGUGAACUCCAGAUGAGUCCCGCUGAGGCAUAUGCUCAUCUGUCUCGACUGCUGGAGCAGGUAAAUGCCGUUAUUGGAAGCUUUUACCAAGGUGAACGGAUGGAAGAGGAUCUCCAGUGGCGUGAACGAAUGGAAGAUCGCAUUAAUGCCUCUGCGGCCAAGUCCAAGAAGCAGGCGCAGGACGAUGCGCUCACCGAAAACAUCGAGGAGGCUGCUGAGUUCAAAGAGAUGGAUGAUGAAGACCUUUACUUUGCCCCCGAGAAGAACAACGUCAUCUUCUGCAGUGCGGUCGAUGGCUGGGCAUUUACUAUCAGACAAUUCGCAGCAAUUUACGAGAGAAAGAUCGGGAUCAAACGCUCUGUACUCGAGAAGGUCCUCUGGGGUGACUACUACCUGGAUCCUAAAACGAAGCGAGUUCUGGGUCAGAAGCAUCUGAAAGGGAGAGCUCUGAAGCCCAUGUUCGUGCAAUUGGUGUUGGAUAGUAUCUGGGCUGCGUACGAAGCUACGACAGGUGGAGGAAAGGGUAAGGGUGACCCGGUUCUCCUGGAGAAGAUUACCAAGUCUCUAAACAUCACCAUUCCGCCAUACAUCAUGCGCUCGCGUGACCCUAGGAAUAUAAUGACCACGCUAUUCUCCUCGUGGCUGCCUUUGUCCACGGCCGUCCUUGUCUCAGUCAUUGAAUAUCUUCCCAGUCCUCCAACCGCCCAGGCUGCUCGUUUACCAACCAUGGUCGAAGAGUCGCCUGGUGCCGCAUCCGUGGACAACAAGGUAAAGGACGCCAUGAUUCAAUUCAAGACGAACACAGACGAACCAGUUGUGGCAUAUGUCAGCAAAAUGGUUGCCAUUCCGGAAAGUGAACUCAAGUCAAGCAACAAGCGACCUGGUACGAGCAUGUCAGCAGACGAAGCUCGGGAAAUCGCGCGCAAAAAGAGAGAAGAGAUCGCCAAGCUGCAGGGAGAAGCCAAUACUCAACAGAAGGACGAAUUUACCUAUAUCCAGUCUUCCCUCGAAGUUAUUACAAUUGAUGAGACUGAAGGAAAGGAAGACGCCGCUGAGGAUAAGGGCGAACCUGAGCAUCUGGUUGGAUUUGCACGUCUGUACUCGGGAACUCUCUCAGUUGGCGACUCUGUAUACGUUCUUGGACCGAAAUUCUCACCAGCAAACUCGCACACCAGCCCCGUACCGCAAAAGGUCACGAUUACAGACCUGUACCUCCUUAUGGGCAGAAGUCUCGAACCCCUCAAAUCCGUUCCUGCGGGUGUCGUCUUCGGAAUCGGCGGUCUCGCAGGCCACGUCCUCAAGACCGGUACUCUCUGCAGCCAGCUCGAAGGAAGUAUCAACCUGGCUGGUGUAUCCAUGGCCACGCCGCCUAUCGUCCGUGUCUCCCUGGAGCCAACCAACCCCGCAGACCUGGGCAAGAUGGUCACUGGUCUCCGCCUCCUGGAGCAGAGUGACCCAUGCGCCGAGUACGAGGUGCUCUCAAACGGUGAACAUGUCAUCCUGACAGCCGGUGAAUUGCACCUGGAGCGGUGUGUAAAGGAUCUCCGCGAACGGUUUGCUCGCUGCGAGAUCCAAACCGGCCAGACUAUCGUGCCCUACCGGGAGACCAUCGUCCACGCACCGGAGAUGGCUCCGCCUAAUAACCCCGAGUUAGGCCGCGGAGGUGUCGAGGCAGUAUCUUCUUCGAAGCAGUUGACUGUCCGCCUGCGGGUUGUACCUCUGCCAGAACAGGUGACGGAAUUCUUCACCAAGCAAGCUGCAACUAUCAAGCAGUUGCAGUCUCAGAAGCAUGCUGCUGUUGAGGACAAGGUUGCCGAAGAGGCAAGUGGAAACGGCGCAGAAGAAACCGGUGACGUUUCCCACGAAGCUCAAGCAGGAGACGUGAUGUCUCUGGAGAACUUCAGAAAGGAACUCACCCGGAUCUUCGACGAAGAUGUCAAGGAGAACAAGGAGUUGUGGCAGGACGUCGUUGACAAGAUCACCGCGUUUGGACCACGGAGAAUCGGUCCUAACAUUCUCGUUGAUGCUACCGCCGUCAACACAAGCGACAAAUUCCUCCUCGACGAACCACACAUCAACAUCUCCCCCGAAGACCGCCAGGCCUUAAUCGUCCGCGACUUCACCGACAAAAUUGCCUACGCCUUCCAACUCGCAACAUCCCAAGGCCCGCUCUGUCAAGAACCCAUACAGGGAACCGCAGUCUUCCUCGAGGAGCUCUCCACGAACGCAGAGAAUGGCGAAGAACUCGAUCUGGGACGCUUGACAGGUGAAGCGAUCAAGUUGGUUCGCGAGAGUAUCUCCCAAGGAUUCCUGGACUGGAGUCCAAGAGUCAUGCUUGCGAUGUACAGUUGUGAGAUUCAAGCUUCGACCGAAGUCCUCGGCCGAGUUUACGGCGUAAUAACCCGCCGCCGCGGCCGCAUCCUCUCCGAAUCCAUGAAAGAAGGCACCCCCUUCUUCACAAUCCUUUCCCUCCUCCCCGUCGCCGAAUCCUUCGGUUUCGCCGAAGAAAUCCGCAAACGGACCUCCGGCGCCGCGCAACCGCAACUCAUCUUCGCUGGUUUCGAGGCACUCGACGAAGACCCGUUCUGGGUUCCUGCUACUGAAGAGGAACUUGAGGACUUGGGUGAGUUGGCAGAUCGGGAGAAUGUGGCGAAGAGGUAUAUAGAUGCUGUUAGGACUCGGAAGGGGUUGGUUGUUCAGGGGAGGAAGUUGAUUGAUGCGGAGAAACAGAAGACGUUGAAGAAGUAG